AUGCCUUCUAUUCACCCCUCAAUCGAUAACGGCAUCACGAAAGGCAACCCCAACUUCAAGGGCGGCAAGCUCUACUGCCAUUGCCCCACCAGGAAGGUCGAAGUCACUCUCGCCAGCAAUGUCGCACACAACCAUGCUUGUGGCUGUUCGAAAUGCUGGAAGCCCAAAGGCGCUCUGUUCUCUGUCGUCGGCGUGGUUCCCAAAGACGCCGUCUCUGUAACCGCCAACGGCGAUAAACUCCACAUCAUCGACGAAUCAGCCGCGAUCCAACGAAAUGCCUGCAAGGAAUGCGGCGUUCAUCUCUUCGGUCGUAUCGUUGUCGACCACCCAUUCAAGGGUCUGGACUUUGUGCACACGGAGCUGAGCCCCCAGAAGGGCUGGCAAGAACCUCAGUUCGCGGCGUUUGUGAGCAGUAUCAUUGAGCAGGGGUUCAAGCCGUCGGAGAUGGAUGCCGUGAGGGAGAAGUUCAGGAAGGUGGGGCUACAGCCGUACGACGUACUGAGCCCGGCGUUGAUGGAUCUCAUCGCGACAUAUACCGCGCAGAAGAGUGGUAAGCUGCCAUCGAAGCUGUAA